AGCACCCGAGGGGAAAAGAGGAGGAGAAAACUAUGAGCUGACUUUCCCUGCCCCAUUCUCACCUCUCUUUACACAACCUGGAUGAACAGUAAACACAGCUUCUUGGCUCAAGGCAGAGAGCAAAGUGCAGCCUUUCCCCCUUCAUAAGGGACCAGGGGAUGAGUGUGUCCUCAGAGUGUCUUUCUGAUCCUGGGUGUCACUGAAACAGUCUGGAAAGCAGUGGGGCAGCCAUGGCACUGCUGAUUGGAGAUGGCCUGUGGUCUGGGGUCAUAUUCACGGCCCUCUUCCUGCUUCUGGUGGACCUGAUGCACCGACGCAAGUUCUGGAGGGCCCGCUACCCUCCAGGUCCUAUGCCACUACCUGGACUGGGCAACCUGCUGCAGGUGGACUUCGAGCACAUGCCAUAUAGUUUAUACAAGUUCCGACAGCGCUAUGGUGAUGUGUUCAGCCUGCAGAUGGCCUGGAAGCCUGUGGUGGUAAUCAAUGGACUGAAGGCAGUGCGGGAAGUGCUGGUGAACUGUGGAGAGGACACCGCUGACCGUCCUCCAGUGCCCAUCUUUAAUCACGUGGGUUUCGGGCACAACUCUCAAGGUGUGGCAUUUGCACGUUAUGGACCCCAGUGGAGAGAGCAGCGUCGAUUCUGUGUGUCUACCAUGCGAGACUUCGGCGUGGGCAAGAAGUCACUGGAACAGUGGGUGACAGAGGAGGCUGGCCACCUCUGUAACGCCUUCACCCAGGAGGCUGGGCAUCCCUUUAAUCCCACCACCCUCCUGAAUAAAAGUGUAUGCAAUGUGAUUUCAUCCCUCAUUUAUGCCCAUCGCUUCGACUAUGAAGACCCUUUCUUCAACAGCCUGCUCAAAAUGUUACAGGAAAGUUUUGGAGAGGACACUGGCUUCAUUGCUGAGGUGCUGAACGCAGUCCCAGUACUUCUUCGGAUCCCAGGGUUGCCAGGCAAAGCCUUCCCCAAGCUAACCACAUUCAUGGAUUCCCUAUAUAAGAUGCUGAUUGAGCACAAGACAACCUGGGAUCCUGCAGAGCCACCCCGAGGUCUGACAGAUGCCUUCCUGGCUGAGGUGGAGAAGGCCAAGGGGAGACCUGAGAGCAGCUUCAAUGAUGAGAACCUGCGUAUGGUGGUAGCUGACAUGUUCAUUGCAGGAAUGGUGACCACCUCAACCACACUGUCCUGGGCCCUGCUAUUGAUGAUCCUGCACCCGGAUGUGCAGAGCCGCGUGCAACAGGAAAUUGACGAUGUCAUAGGGCAGGUGCGGCGUCCAGAGAUGGCAGACCAGGCCCGCAUGCCCUACACCAAUGCUGUCAUUCACGAGGUGCAGCGAUUCGGGGACAUUGCCCCAGUGAAUAUACCACAUAUGACAUCCCGUGAUGUCGAAGUACAGGGUUUCCUCAUCCCCAAGGGGACGACCCUCAUCCCCAACCUGUCCUCAGUGCUGAAGGAUGAGACUGUCUGGGAGAAGCCCCUCCACUUCCAUCCUGAACACUUCCUGGAUGCCCAGGGCCGCUUUGUGAAGCACGAGGCCUUCAUGCCAUUCUCAGCAGGCCGCAGAGCAUGUCUGGGGGAGCCCCUGGCCCGCAUGGAGCUCUUCCUCUUCUUCACCUGCCUCCUGCAGCGCUUUAGCUUCUCGGUGCCCGCUGGGCAGCCCCGGCCCAGCGACCAAGGCAUCUUCGCCUUGCCUGUUACCCCGACCCCCUACGAGCUCUGUGCAGUCGUGCGCUAGCAAGGACAGCAGCUCCAUCCUCCUCCCCAGCUCGUGCUGCGUGAUGUCCAAUAAACCAGACCUGUGGCUGUCA